AUGGAAAGAGAGAGGAAAAAGGAGAGAGAUGCAAAGCAGCUCCCUCGACCGAGUAGCCUGAGCGAGGAGUUCAUGAUCACUCGGUCGAAGGAGCUGCUUUAAUACCGGGAGUCCAGUGACCCAAAGGUCGCCCAGGCUGGGAUCGAGGUUGGGACAGGACACAAGUGGAGAGCUUCCAAGGCUGAGGGUGUUGCAGAGUCGAGGCUACGGCAGAGGGCGCUGGUGGGCACAGUAGCACAGGGAAGAGCUGGUUUAGGUAGCGGUAGAACACCUCGCUAUGGUAGGGCACAGGGGAAAGAGAAGAGGUCACUGAUCCUUGAGGAGGUGCGAGCUGGAGUAGAGGAGAAGCGGGUCAGCCAGUUGGUGGGAAUGAGGCAGCAGGAAGCCUGGACAAGAUGGGAGCAAGCUGUGGAGUGCAAGGUCACAUGGACCGAGCAGUGGAAAGCUGAACCCGAUUACAUAAAAUUCUUGAUCCAGGCAGGCUACGAUGUGCUGCCUAGUCCAUCUAACCUCUUUAGCUGGGGAAGGGUGGAGACACCAGCUUGCCCCCUCUGCCAGAAAAGAGGAGCCCUGGAGUACAUCCUCAGCUGCUGUCCAAGAGCCUUGGACGAAGGGCGGUACCGCUGGAGACAUGACCAAGUCCUGAAGGCUGUAGCGGAUGCUCUCUGCAGUGAAAUCAACCACAGCAAGAGCCUUCGCCCAGUUAGGAACACCAUCUCUUUCGUCAGAGCUGGGGAGAAGCCUGCAUUGACUUCCCGAAAUACCUUCCCUGGCCUGUUGACAACGGUGCCUGAUUGGGAGCUUAAAGUUGACCUGGGGAAGCAGCUGAAGUUCCCAGAAAUGGUCGCCAAGACAACAUCAAGGCCAGACAUUGUCCUUACCUCAGCAGUAAUUCUCCUGGAACUCACUGUGCCAUGGUAGGACCUGAUGGAGGAGGCCCAUUAGAGAAAGAGGGCAAAGUACUCGGAGCUAAUGGAGGAGUGCCGGAAUAAUGGUUGGCAGGCACGAUGCCAACCCAUCGAAGUGGGAUGCUGAGGAUGUGUGGGCCAAUCCCUCUGCAGGGCCUACAAUCUGCUGGGCAUCACAGGAGUCAGUCAGCGAAGGGCUGUUAAGUUGGCCACCGACGCAGCAGAAGUGGUGUCAAGGUGGUUGUGGAUCAAGAGGGCGUGGCAAGUAGGGUAG